GAAGAGAUUGACGAUGUAGGGAGCGAAGAAGAUGGAGACAUGGAUGAAGAUGAAGAAGAGUUACAAGGUGACUUGACGGCCCAUCCUCCCGAAGACGAUGACCAGGAUAUCAACUCCGCUUCUCCUUCAACGUCUUCCAUAUCCGAAGACAACCCCAACAAGGAUUCUUCCUCUAACGCCGUCGAAGUGAACGCUAACAUUUCCACCACAACCACCAUCUCUGUCUCCUCCUCCUCCUCGGCGAUCCCUCCUUCCACCACUGCCCCUAAUGUCUCUGCUGCCGAAACGGCACCACCGGCCACCGGCUCAUCACCCGACCACCAGUGUCAGCGGAUCUCCGAUGUCCCCCUGGCAGCCCCCGCAGCCGGCGCCGCUGAAGAAAAGAAACCCCCCGCCUUGGACGACUCCCGCCGUCUAUUUCAACGCCUGUGGACCGAUGAAGACGAGAUCGGACUGUUGCAAGGCUUCCUCGAGUAUACGAUGCAGCGAGGAGCCCACAAUUCUUCUCACCAUCAUGACACAGCCCCUUUCUACGACCAGAUCAAAACUCGAUUGCAGCUCGAUUUCAACAAGAGCCAGCUCGUCGAGAAGCUUCGUAGGCUGAAAAAGAAAUACCGUAACGUCCUCAGUCGGAUCAGCUCCGGCAAAGAAUUCUCCUUUAAGAGUCCUCACGACCAGGCCACCUUCGAGAUCUGUCGCAAGAUUUGGAGCGGUACCGGCGGUACUGUCGCAGUAGGAGUCGAAGAGGCUGCUGCUAUAUCGGAAGAUGAAGAAGGGAAUCCAAAUCCUGCGAGCAACAACACGAUCAACACCAACAGUAACGAGAAUUUACACAAUAACAACAAUUCCAGCGUCGAUGCUAAUAAUUCUGACAAGAAGAUGUCGAGGUCCCGGAGGCGGUCUCGAAAGAGAGCAGCGGAGGAUGAGUUACCGAAUUAUCACGGUCAGACUACUUCAUCCAAUUCAAUCCCGAAUGUUAUCGAAGAUACGGUAAGGAGUUGCCUCUCGCCUCUGUUUAAGGAGCUAGUUUAUUGCGCGAUGGGCGGGCCUUGUAGCGUUGGGGGAUAUGGUGGUCUCGCUCUGAAUCCCCUUCCCCUCAGCUUCGGGGCCAAAAAUUCCUCCUUGAAUUUCCUUGGCGGGGAGAUGGUUGAUGAGAAGUGGAGGAAGCAGCAGAUUUUGGAAUUGGAGGUGUACUCGAAACGGAUAGAACUAGUGCAAGAUCAGAUUAAGUCUGCGUUAGAGGAGCUGAGAUCGAUCGGUGGGUAGUUGAUGACUGCUCACAAUUACUAGUAAGUUUUCGAUUUUUCUCCAUUAAAUUAUCGUAGAGAU